AUGCAUUGGUUGUUUAUUCAGUGUGUUAACAGAGUAUCCGUUUACGGUAGGGAAUAUAAACCCGAUGUAUUCAAAACAGAGCGUAUCUCGAGUGUUUGGUUUGGUUGUGUCAGGUCUUGAUUUGUCUGACUUAAAUCCCCGCGAGACAGCCUGAGUUCACCAAGAGAUUGCCCGAGGUUUUCUGACAACUAUUUUAUUGAUCAAAUAAAGUAAUUGGAUUAGGAGGGAUCAGACUGUCAGUUUAAUGUAACUAUCUACUGCGGGAUGGUGUACCGAAAGCGCUGUCACUACUUGAAUAGUUUAGUAGCUACAAUGGGGAGUUAUUAGCGUGUCGAGUUAUUAGCAUGUUGGGUUACAUCUGUAUAGAGUCGAAGGUCAUUGUUUUUUAGGUCUGUGGAAUGUUGGGAAACAGCGCUGUAUGGAUAAACCACAAGUUCCACAAUAGGUAAACCAUAAGUUCCACAAUAGGUGAGUAUAGCCCUGAGUGACAGCAUUUGCUCAUGUGUAGAACAGAAGAGAUCUCUAAUUCGUCAUGGAUGAAGAGUUCACGCCUUUAGACUGCCUUCUACCUUCAGGCACACAGAGGAUAUGUCUGAUCAUCCUGAACCAGCCGAUUGAUCCAGGCUUCCUCAGCACAGUCUGGAGCAAAGCUCUCCUGAGAGCAUGUGCCGAUGGAGCAGCCAACCACCUGUAUGACAUCACAGCUGGACACAGAGACAGUUUUCUACCUGACUAUAUCAGUGGGGAUUUCGAUUCCAUUAGUGCCGAGGUCAAAGCCUUCUACUCCGAGAAGAGGUGCAGGUUGAUAGAGACUGCGGACCAGGAUCUGACAGACUUCACUAAGUGUCUGGCUAUCAUGGUGGAGGAGAUACAACAACGCCAGCUACAGGUAGACACCAUUGUGACCCUGGGAGGUCUGGCUGGAAGGCUGGACCAGACCAUGGCUUCAGUAGAGACGCUCUACCACGCCCUUUCCAUCACACAGCUCCCCCUGGUGGUCAUCCAGGGAGGCAGCCUGGCCUUCCUGCUCCGCCCGAGGAUCAGGUGUUGCAGUUCGGGAUACUCGUCAGUACCUCCAACACCUACGAACCUGUUGCUCCCGGAGACGCCAGGAAGCCCGUCACCGUGACGACGGACCAGCCUCUGCUCUGGAGCAUGGGCAUUCGCCAGGAUAGCGACGCUGUCAAGAGUGAAUGACAAACUAAUCGGGGACAUCCAAAUAGUCAGGAGCGGAUUCCUCUUACGGGGGGUUUCAGAUACUGUGUAGUUGUUGCCUCAAACCACAGUGAUAAGUGACUGGCAAGACGAGUCACUCCUACACUUGAGAUGCAUCCGAGUGUUUAUCUAUACUAAAUACCUUGUUCCAAACCAGAAACGUAAUCGCAGCCCAACAGCUGUUAGAAGGCUGUUUAAAUCAGUAUUGAUAGUCAUAUUUAGAAGAGCUGGAAGUAUCUGGUUUGGAACCAGGCCCAUCCUGUGCCUUCACCAGAGUCUCUUAAUGAACACGGAUUGUCUUCUAUUUUCAAUCAAUUUAUUAACAACAGUCAUAGUACAAACUUUGUGCGCAGAAUUCAAAAAAUCAUCCCUCACACAUUCAUCCAUUCCAACCCCACUACUGUCCCACCGCACCGGGUGUCUGGGUAUUGUAGUCCUGUCACCCCCUCUGCACGUUCAGCCACCCCUGGGAGAAAAAGCGAGAGAGAACAUGUCAGUGUUGCCAGGUAGAAACGAACUAACUAACCAAAUCAGUAUGUGUCAGACUAACGACUAUUCUAUAAAGUAUGAAUGUCUUUUAAAACUAGAGACGAAGCCAAACAGAGUAUUCACUCCCGCCGAAGAUCUGCUUUAUCGACCCGAGCGAGCCAAUCAUUGUCACUGUGCACACUAAGCCAUCCUAAUUAAACCACGUAUAGAUUUGUUUUUAUUUUUGUCGCCCUAUAGGGAUCAUUUAACCGCAGACUUCACAUGAUUGCGCUUAGGAACACAAUUGCAAAUCAAAUGGAAAAUGGAAAUGACUUGAAUGUUUUCUACCCGGAAAUGCGCUCAAUAAAUGCCUGUGUUACCACAAA